GAGAGCGAAGCAUCCUUCAGAGGAUCUAGCGUGGAUCUAGCACUGAUUAACUGAAGCAUAAUAUGCUAAAAAUAUCCAAAGGACUAACUCCUCUUUUAUACUCACGCAGACUGGUGUUACCAGACGCAGGUGAGCUGUGACUCUCACUGUAAAGGACCAGAACGAUGGAGUGAAGUGAAGGAAGACUGUGGGAAGAACAGACAGUCACCAAUCAACAUAGUGACGAAGAAGACCAAGCUGGACGAGCGACUGACGCCGUUCAAGUUCACCGGCUACCAGACCUUAUUCGACAGCACCAUGAAGAACAACGGCCACUCGGUUCAGGUCAAUGUACCCAUCACAGCCACAGUGUCUGGAGGAAACCUGGGAGAAACGUACAAGGCUGUGCAGUUUCACCUUCACUGGGGCACAGACGGAGGGCCUGGAUCCGAACACACCGUCGAUGGAGAGCAGUAUCCUAUGGAGCUGCAUAUUGUGCACAUGAAACAAAAAUACAACAGAAUUGAAGACGCACUCAGAGAUCCUUCAGGAAUCGCGGUGCUGGGAUUCUUCUACGAGGAGUCAAGCAGCUCCAACAAAAAUUAUGAUCGCUUCACACUCGGCCUGCGCGGCGUCCAGAACACAAAUGGAAACACGUCGCUUUAUAGGACCUCUCUGAACCAGCUGAUUCUCCCUGAAGUUAACAUGACUAACUAUUACCGGUAUGAAGGCUCUCUAACCACCCCGGGCUGCACGGAGGCUGUGCUGUGGACGGUGUUUGAAAACCCCAUUCCUCUCAGCAGAGAACAGCUCCGGGCUUUUUCAACCCUGAAGUUCCACGACGGGUCCCCGAUGGUGGGAACGUUCAGACCGGUUCAGCCCCGUAACGGCCGCGUGGUUUACCGGUCCGGCGGAGCAGCGGUCGCCGCCAGCGUCCUCCUGGUUCUGACCUCCAUCGGCGGCGCGCUCGGCCUGUCCCGUCCCAACUAGACCCAGACCGACCCCAAACCAGCACAAUGAGUUCUCAGCCAAUCGACAGACCGACAGAAGAAAACCACAAACCAGCCGUCUCUACAGGACACUAGAGUAGUUAGCGUAGACGCGUGUUCGUAGCUUUCAAUAGGAGCCGGGCUAAAGCCGCUCGGGCUUUCUGUGAAGGUCUGACCGGGAAUAAAUGCAUGACCUUUAUCUGUUAUAGACAUCUGCCAAACAUACACACACACACACAGCGGCUAUAUUUACGAAGGCUUUGAUGUGCCGGAGAUGUGCAUUACUAACACACUCGACGAUGAUCAGCGCUCUACUGGUGAAAGGUCACAGAGGUCAAAGGUGAAAGGUCACGGAGCCGUGAGAGCAGAGAGAAGCGCACAAAUAUAUCCACAUUAAUUAUGUUGACAGUUUCAUAGGGUGCAUGAUGUUAUCUGAUAUUAUUUGGAAUUAUUUGCAAUGUGAUGGACGUGCACUCUGUAUGGCGUAUAUAUAUAUGAAAUUGCAUUUUUAUUAGGAGUGUAACGAUACGCGUACUCGUUUUCCAAAUCAAAGUGAUCGUCCUCAUGCCCUUGUUAGUGAGGACUUGAGUGAGCAGAGCAUGUGCAUGUCUCUGGGAUGUUGCCGUGACAACAAACGCAACGUGCAUCAGCUAAUUCCACUUAAUAUAAUUUUUUUUAUAUAUACAUAUUAGUUUUAUAUAUUAGCAUAUUUUAACAUUUUCAAAUAUAAAAUGUUUGUUUAUUUGCAACAGUUUUGCUAACGAUAUACUUAUCGUUACACGCCACAUUUUUCUAUAUGCAUAAAUAUAUAUAAAUUAUUUCAUACAGUAUGUAUAUAUGAAGAGUUCAUUUGCAAAAACAGAUAACUCCAUUAAUUGUUAAUUAAUUAUUAACUAUUUUUAAAAAUCAUUGUGCAUUCCAGUUAAUCUUAAUAAAACUGCAGCUGGGAAAUUUUGAUUCGGUAAAAAAAAAAAAACAUUAAUAACACAGUUAUAUAUAUAUAUAUACAUAUAUAAAAUAAUCUAAAAAUAAAUACAGCUAACAAACAAAAUAAAACAUUAUACCAUAAUAAAAAAAUCAUCUGUUUUUGCAAAUAAGCUCUUCACAUAUAUAUAUAUAUAUAUAUAUAUAUAUAUAUAUAUAGUAUAUAUAUUUAUUCCUGUCCAGUUUGCAAACUGCUGUCAGACUGCUAAAAAUGUGCCAAGUGUAGAAAUAAAGGGAACCAAGUACUUUCUAAAUUUCUAAGUUUAACCCAGACAUGCAUUGCUUCAGACACAUAAAACCCUUCGCCUUAGUCAAUAGAGAUGGAGAGAGUGAAAGUGGUGAGUUCUCUGUGAUAAGACUUUGUUUCACUACACUUACAGUCUGUGGCAUGAUAUUUACACACAUCUCGAAGUCAUGCAUCUCGCGCACAAACCUGUACUGUACGUCCAAAAGAUUCUGUUGGGGUCUGCUGUGAGGACACAUGACUUGUGUUUUAUAAACUCUGAGGGCCUCAGACGCACUAAACGUGAUGCAUUGAUGCUCUUAGCGGAGAAAAUGAGCAUGAUGAUUAGUAUUUGCUGUAAAGGCUUUUCAGACUCUACUAACAGGGAAACGUGCAACUUCUGUACUCAUAACGCACAUCAACUUUAACUACAUGUAUGUUUUUUGUGUAUGUAUGUAUGUAUAUUAAGCGCUGCUGUUUAAUAUGUGAAGCUGACCUCUGGAGACUCAAAUGAGCAGCAAAGCAUCACUCAAUCACCAUCUCCUGUCUGUGCAUAGUGAUAUUUCAUCUUCAUUUACAUUGAAAAUGUCAGUUUUGUCAACCUGUCAGAAUGCACUGAUGAUAUUAUGAUGAUGUAACUGCUAACAAUAUAGCGAAUGCAUUCCAGAAUAUUAAUAAAUGGCUGCAUUUCAUUUUUUAAA